GUAGAAGACAGUCUUCGAAGUAGGACGUCGGUAUGGAGGGGCGGCAGGGGAUGUGCAGGUCUGCAGGGGAUCAGGGUGGUGGCCAGCGACCUGGGCAGAGCCCGUCGAGAAGUUCAAGGCCGUCAGAGCGUGCUGGGUACACGCACCUGCCACAGCACUUGCAGCCUCUGUCAGACACGUCCGACGAGGAGGUGGAGGACAGACGGUCAUGGAGCGUGCCGCUGGGAAGUGGGUCCACCCAGGAGUGGGCGGCUACAGAGCUCUGUGGAAGCCGCGACGGCGGUUAUGGGCUGUCGUACACCCAACUCCUCCAGCAGGGGUUGAGUGGCGACGAAGGCGAUGGCUGUGUCAAUCAGUCGUUCGGCCUGUGUAGUGGGAGGUCAUCGGCCGCCUCUCGAACGGUGAUCGUCGACAACCAUCCCGACGACGACGGCGGGCAGGUGACGUCUGUUGCAUGGUCAUCGAAGUCUCCAACGCCGGUCCGGUACGCGUCGGGGAACAACAGGGAUCCUCCGAGGCCGCAAUGUCGGACGUCGUCUAUGUCGAGGGGUGCCUCAGCUCGCCCCCUGUGGAUGCAGUCUCUGUCUCCCCUAUCCGCUAGUUCGACUGCAGCCCGCCGUCGAGGAGAAUGCGGGGGGCCUGAUUGUGGCAUCGAUGACGCUGGUGAUGCACGCGACGGGAGGGAGGUGUGGGCAGAACAUCGACGGACGCUUCAUCCUCGGUGGGAGGAAUCCAUAACUGAGGGGGUGCAGCGACUGCGUGGGGGGAACCACGAAAACGACAGCGACGCACCUGCCGUGGGCGCGAACGAUCAGGAGUGGAACGACGACGACGGCGAAGGUGGGGAGGAGGACGCAGGUCACGUAUCACCGGAGAGGCAAAGCAGCAUGGGAGGGAGGGGCGGGAAGACGAGGGUGUGUGCUCGCAAUGGUCGUCGAGCGAAAAAAGCGGUGGGGAAGGGGAGCGAUGCCGAAGCUGACGAUGAUGCAGAAGAAGGUCGUCAGUUCUGGUCUGUGGACGACAUGAUAGCCCUCAUCCGGGCUAAACAUGACCACAGCGCGCAUCUGCAGGGGAUGGGCACCGCGUUCGCUUGUAUGAAGCCGCGAGAGUGGAAGUGGUUGGAUGUGGAGCAGAGGUUGAAGAAGGUGGGCGUCGACAGAGAAGCAGAACGGUGCGGGAAGAAGUGGGACAAUUUGAUGCAGCAGUUCAAGAAGGUGCAUCACUUCCAAGGCUUGUCCGGGAAACAGGACUUCUUCCAAUUCUCUGGGAAAGAGAGGUUGUCGAAGGGCUUCAAUUUCAACAUGGAUCGUGCGGUGUACGAUGAGAUUCUGGGGUCGACCGCCAAGAGCCACACCAUUAACCCGAAGAACGUCACCGACACUAGUGCUCCGGGUGGUGUGCGUCUGCCGUCUAGCACUUCUGCGGAUCAUGAAUCUGUGGGCGAUGGCGACGCUGCUGCAGGCCACGAGGACGACGACGACGGGUCGACGAGAGGUUCUUCGCAGACGACGGGAAGCGUUGUCGGUUUCGGGAAGAGGAAGAGCACGAGGCAGCAAACUUGCGAAGCGCAGACGGACUGCAUGGAGAAGCACGGGGCACUGGUGGCGUCGACAAUGGAGAGCAACAGCAAGCAGCAGUGCUCCAUCCAAAUCCGACAACGCGAGGCGUUGGAAGCGGAGGUCGAAGUGCAAAAAAAACACAAUGUAGCGUCCGACGAAGUCCGCAAACUGAUGUGUCACGCUCUCCUGGAGAUAGCGAAGGCCAUCCGCGAGCGUUAGACUACGUGCUGCCUCUUUUGUGCGCCUCGUCGCUCCCAUCGUCUGCACAAAACGAAAGUGAGAGCGAUGUCGUCGUCGAUGUACCCGUCAAUUGCCUGUCUUGGACGUGCUGGUUCCCGAUUGGCCGUGCUGGCCAGGGAAGUCGGUGGUGGCCCGAUUGGGUGGAUGAUUCCUCCAGUCACUUCGGCGUCUGUUUCUUUUUUUUUGUAUUUUUUUUCGCGUUUAUUUUUGGGUUUCUCACAGGCUACUGUCGUUUCCCAGGACAGAUAAAUCCGUCAUCUUUGA